UGUCUUGAAAAUUAUGCGCAUUAAUUAAUGUAAAAAGUUUUUCUGUCAAGUUGAUCAAUAUAAAGUUUUUCCUAAACUAUAGCGUCUAUUUUCCACAAAAGAUCCCACAUACCUCAACAGGUUAUGGGCCCAGAUGUUUAAGAUAAAUAGUUGGAAAAAGUAAGAAAAAGUUCCGCUGCAGUCAGCUAAAGAAAAUUGAAGUUCAAGUUAAGGUCAACUGACAGUAAAAUGGGCUCACUAGCUGUACCGAUUUUAGAAGCCAAUAAUUUUAACAACUGGUUGUUUAGAAUAAAGAUGAUAUGUAGAAAAGAAGGAUGUGUAGAAGCACUUGAGAAUGACCCACCUGAAACGACAGAAUCAGCUACAGUAAAGGCUAAUUUUCAAAAGGAAGAUGCCAAAGCACAGGCAAUUAUUGUCACAGGGUUAUCAGAUAAACACCUUGAUAUUGUGAAAGAUUGCGAGACUGCAAAGACACAGAUUGAAGCUUUGAAGAGUGUGUUUACAAGAACAACUUCUUUGACUAAAUUAGCAGUUUGGCGCAGAUUAAUUAAUCUGAAAAAUGAACAGUGUGAAAACAUGGAAGAUUUAUUUUUAAAAUUUGACACCAUUGUACGGGACCUUAAAGAACACAAGACAGUAUUGAAUGACAGCGACAAGAUGAAGAACUGAAAAUAAAAGCGAAAUCUGAAGAUUUAAGUAGUUUUAAAGCCUCAGCAGGUUGCUUCAGAUGUGGAAGCCAAUCACAUUGGCAAUCAUCAUGUCCUAAAAAUAAAGACAGAGGUGAAUCAUGG